CAGAAACCAGGAAGUGCAACAGCGCCUACGUAAACACAUCGGCCGCUGUACCUCGACGUCGUUUUCGAACGGAAGACGUUCGUUUUCACCCACUUUUGGCGAAGGAUUUUAUUAAUUACUUUCUUAUUUGUCGCGCUAAAACGAUUUAGAAAUGGGGGGCGGUGAUCUGAACUUGAAGAAGAGCUGGCAUCCCCAGACUAUGAAAAACAUCGAACGCGUUUGGAAAGCUGAGCAAAAAUAUGAAUCCGAACGCAAGAAGAUCGAAGAGCUCCAGAAGGAGUUAAAGAAUGAAAGAGCCCGUGAGGAAAUUACUAGAUACGCAGUGGAAACGGGUGCCAUCAAAAAGAAGGAUGAUCGCCUGGACUGGAUGUACCAGGGCGCUUGCAAUCAGGUGUCCAGAGAUGAGUAUCUCAUGGGACGUCCCAUUGACAAGCAGAUCACUGAUCAAUACGAGGAGCCUGAAAGCGGUCCCUCAGCAGAGACUGGCCUUCUGCCUGGCUCGAUCUUCAGCCCUGUCACUGCUGCCUCGAGCCUCGACAUGGCCGCCAAGAUCCGGGAAGACCCUCUCUUUGAAAUUAGGAAACGUGAGGAAGCAAAGAAGAGAGAAGUCUUGACAAAUCCUGUGAAGAUGAAAAAAAUCAAAGAAAUGCUGCGCCAGAAUCUUGACAAGAAAGACAAGAAAAAGAAGAAGGAAAAAGAGAGAAGAAAGGAGAAGAAGCACAAGAGAAGACACUCGAGUUCAAGUUCAGAUGAGGGAGAUGAGAAAACCCACAGGUCACACUCACCAGAAGAAACGUCCACUCACACCAAAUCACAUUCUCGUCACAUUCCAGGCUACGGCCUCCAGCUCCCUGCCGGCAAGCGCCACCAGUCCUCUGGUUUCAAUCACACGAGACGCAAUGAGAGGAGUCGAAGCCGAUCUCCUCCCAGAAAAAAUGGGGACAUUUGCUCCGCCGCCUCCUCUUCCUCACUCCGAAAUGACAAGAACGUGGAGGUCAAAGCUCGCAGCCCACAGAGGGAACGCUAUCAAAGGCAGCGGAAACACGUGUCCAAGAAGCUCUCUGCAGAGGAGCUGGAGAAGAAGAGAAGGGAGAUGAUGGACCAGGCCAAGCAGAGAGAUGAGGACAGGGAGAACAACGUGAGAAGAUACAGGAAGCAAGACGAGCAGGAAAAACGGCAGGAACAAAAUUCCAAACGUGACCGCCAUGCUGGCUUCAUCCAUGACAUGAAGCUGGAAAGCGCUGCCACAUCGUCUUUAGAGGACAGAGUGAAGAGGAAUAUACACUCCAUUCAAAGGACACCAGCUUCCCUGGACAACUUCAUGAAGAGAUGAACACACACGCACACGUAUUGUGCAUACAAACUGACAGAGAAGUUCCGUGGUGUGUGAACAGUAAAUCCUAAGGUUCCAUGUCUCUCAUUGGAAACUUUGUAAUUAGAAGUGUUUUUCUUUUUGGAGUUUUUACACUCAAAUGGGACUCAUUUUGAUGUUUUUAUAAUACAUACUCUCUACUCCUCCAAAGAAACUUAGGGAAAAAAAUCCUGAAAAAUUUGAAACAAUCCCAGGUUGCUUGUUGUCUCAAAAUGAAUGUACUUAACCAAAUAUUUAUACACACACAUUAAUACAAUUUUAAUUUGGCAUUGGCUCAAAGUAGUCAGAAUUUUGAUAAAGGCAUUUCAUUUUUUGGACGCUAAUAGGAUCUGCAGUUACGACAGGGCGUAUUUGGUAACAUACAUUGUACAAUAUAGAAUUAUUAGUGGACAUUCCACCAAAUCAGUGCUAUUUGUUGUAACUAUCAAAGUUAUAUUUCUGUCUUUUUUCAACUCUAAAUCUGAUAAUACUCUCAAAAUGUGUAUAGGCCCAUCUCAGGCAGCUUUAUUUCAUUUUUGUAUACGUUUCCUAAGCCAAGAUGACUCAUUUGAGUAACAAGAGUGAGUUUUUAGCAUAGAAAUAUACUGUAGCUCCAUGGUGUUCAUGCAUGUAUGUGUAGUUGAGUUCUCAGGGGGAAGCUUCCUGUGGCCCAUGUGACUAAAAUACUCAACAUUAUUCAGUAAUGUUUUAGGGCAACAGGACUGAGUUAAAACCCACGGACACGACUAGAGUGAAUUUUAACAAAAUUCAAACUACUAACUCGUUUGUUAAAAAAACCUUAAAUGUAUUGUUGAGAUAAGGACAAUGAUUUGUUGGACAGUUUGUUAAAAAUGGGAGAGUUCAUUUUGUUUAUUUACAGCAAUUAAACACACUUUCGGUA